AUGUGUCAUCAGAGGCUGACCAUCUCCUGGUUCGCUGUGGUUCUGCUGGCGUCUCCACUCAUGGCCAUAUGGGAGCUGGAGAAGGGUGUUUAUGUUGUAGAGGUGGACUGGUCCCCUGGUGCCCCUGGAGAGAGAGUGGCCCUCACCUGUGACACUCCUGAAGAAGAAGAUAUCAUCUGGACCUUUGAAAAGAGCGGCAAAAUCGUGGGCUCUGGGAAAACCCUGACCAUCCUAGUCAAAGAGUUUUUAGAAGCUGGCCAGUACACCUGCCACAAAGGAGGCAAGACUCUGAGCCACUCACACCUGCUGCUUCACAAGAAUGAAAAUGGAAUCUGGUCCACUGAUAUCUUAAAGGACCAGAAAGAUCCCAAAAAUAAGACCUUCCUGAAAUGCGAGGCACCAAAUUACUCCGGACGGUUCACCUGUUGGUGGCUGACAGCGCUCAGCUCUGACCUGAAGUUCAACGUAAAGAGCAGCAGUAGCUCCUCUGAUUCCCGAGCAGUAACAUGUGGAGCAGCAUCUCUGUCUGCAGAGAAGGGCACAGUGAACGAAAGGGACUAUAAGAAGUACUCAGUGGCAUGCCAGGAGGAUGUCACCUGCCCGACUGCCGAGGAGACCUUGCCCAUUGAGCUGGUGAUGGAGGCACAGCACAAGGAUAAAUAUGAAAACUACAGCACCAGCUUCUUCAUCAGGGACAUCAUCAAACCGGACCCGCCCAAGAACCUGCAGGUGAAGCCGCUGAGGAACUCUGAGGUGGAGGUGUCCUGGGAGUAUCCUGACUCCUGGAGCACUCCCCACUCCUACUUCUCCCUCAAGUUCUCUGUCCAGCUCCAUUGCGGGACAGAAAAGGAAAAUAAUUCCAUGCUUGUAGAUGAGACCUCUACCAAAGUUACAUGCCCCAAAGGUACAGAGGUCUGCGUGAGAGCUCAGGAUCGCUACUAUAAUUCAUCGUGGAGCAAAUGGACAUCUGUGAUCUACAGUUAGGGUCUAAUCCCAGGAUGCAACUUUGGAAGAAAAAAAGUGCAAGUGCAAGACGUUAGCAAAAAAAGUUUAAACUCAUGAUGGAAGAGACCCCUCCCAAAAGCUAUUUUCUACUUAGUUGGCUUUUUCCAGUGUUUUAGCUUCAUAAUGACACCUUUGCUAUAUUUCUACAUUUAAAUGUCAAAUGCCCACUGAGACAACGAGCUAAUUUAUUAACAUAGCGAGCCUUAUGUUAUUUAAAUAUUUAAGUAAUUUAUGUAUUUAUGUAUUUAUUUCUGUAUUUAACAUUUGUAUACAAAGAUGUAUUGAAUAUUUCAUGUUCUCAUGGCCUGAUCCACAGGGACCAGGCCCUAUUAUGCAAAGUGUGAAUUUAUUAUUUUGUUCAACACCUUUUCAACUAGUGCACAGGUACCCUGGCUUUUGAGACAAUCAAUAAGAGCAUAAUAUUCUGACACAAGCAAUGUUAUGUAUUUGUGACCAGUAAAGAAAGACACAGGGGACAUUAGGAGACUAUGAAGAAGCUAUGAAGGAAAUUCCGAAGAAAUUAGUGCUGGUUCCAACAUCAGUGAAGACUUCCUAGCAGUGGCAUUGAUAAGAAGCCAGGACCACCUGUGCUCCUAUUAGACUCUGGGUACCUAAAUUUAAAAGAUUUUCUAAAUCCAGGUUUGGGGCUAUAGCUCAGAUGGUAGAGUGUUUGCCUAGAAUUCAUGAAGCCCUGAGUUUGGUCCCCAGCCCUGUAUAAACUAAGCAUGGAGGUGCAUACCUUAAUCCUAGCACUAGGGAAAUAGAGGAACUUCAGAAAAACCAGACGUUUAGCAUCAUCCCCAUCUACAUUACAAGUUCAAGGCCAGCCUAGACUGUAUGAUAUACUACCUCAAGAAGAAGGGAAGGAGAGAGGGGGUAGGGAGAGUUAGCUGAUUACCUCCUUGUCAGUCCCCACCUCCAACACUCAUAAGACACAGAAUAGAGACAUCCUGGGUGUCUGGAAGAAAAGGGAAUUGGCAUUUGAGAGGGAACAUAAGUAUAGUUGUGUCUAGAGGACAUAAAAUCAGAAGUGCCUUAAUAACCUUGUAAAUGGACGCAAAGAAAACCAUAUAGAAGCACUGCCUCAUCAGCCUGAGUACAGCUAUGACCUGACAGGACCCCUCAUGCCCCCGAAGGUACUGCAGCUACAUAAUGACCUAAUACCAUGCUUCUUGUAGUGAUCGCCUUUGUCUAUUUAUUUAUUCACUUAUUUAUUUAUUUAUUUAUGCCUUGUGAAACCAAACGAAUAAAAACUUUUCUUUGCAA